ACGACUCUGCCAACCAUGGCACAAUUCAUGAACAACAGUUCACAUUCAAGCGAAGCAACUGAAAUUCAUCUGAGAUGGGCCGCCUUACUCAUCGUCAUGGUCAUAAUCCCAACUAUUGGAGGAAACAUACUGGUCAUUCUGGCUGUGUCGCUUGAAAGAAAGUUGCAAAAUGCCACCAACUACUUUCUGAUGUCCCUUGCUGUGGCUGAUCUGUUGGUGGGACUUCUUGUGAUGCCCAUUGCACUCAUCACAGUUCUAUACAACUCUAGAUGGCCACUUCCGGAUUUCCUUUGUCCCAUUUGGCUCUUCCUUGAUGUGCUUUUUUCUACCGCAUCCAUCAUGCAUCUGUGUGCCAUCUCUUUGGAUCGCUACAUUGCUAUCAAGAAGCCAAUCCAACACAGCCAGUACAAAUCCAGAGCCAAGGCGCUGGUCAAGAUUGCACUGGUGUGGCUCAUAUCCAUUUGUAUUGCCAUCCCAAUUCCAAUAAAGGGGCUUAAGAAUCUUCACAAUAGCAUCACCUUUAACAGUAACUACACGUGCCUGCUGAAACCUGAAACCUUCUCCGAGUUUAUCAUAUUUGGAUCCUUGACAGCAUUCUUUAUCCCUUUGACCAUCAUGAUGAUCAUCUACCUACUUACUGUGCAGGUGCUGCGCAAAAAAGUUUAUCUUCUCAAGUCAAAGGUCUCUCAGCGCUUUAGCUCCUCAACCAUCUCCACAGUUUCUCAAAGGGAACAAGCUUUGACUUCACCUCAAGUUGAGCAAAUUAACAAGCUGGAUGUCAGACUUCCCAGGAUGCAAGAAAAACCAAACCUAGGCACAAUGAAUGCUCCAACUGGAGAUGAACUAUCCUUUCGGAGACUGUCAAGCAUAGGCAAGAAGUCAAUGCAGACUUUGAGCAAUGAGCAGCGUGCUUCAAAGGUGCUGGGCAUAGUCUUCCUCUUGUUUGUAGUCAUGUGGUGCCCUUUUUUCAUAACAAACAUCACAUCUGCACUGUGCUCAAGUUGUGAUAGUGAUUUAAUCUCCCACCUAAUGGAGAUCUUUGUAUGGGUUGGCUACGUGUCAUCAGGUAUUAACCCCUUGGUCUACACGCUCUUCAACAAAAUCUUCAGGGAAGCGUUCACACGUUACAUCACCUGCAACUACAGCAACUGUGCAAGCAGUAGGUCUUUGCAACAUCUGGGUUCAACAAAUACAGACUGGACUCUUACGAGGAUUUCAUUCAAAUCUUCCAUGGCAGAGAACUCUAAACUGUUCAUGAAGAGGGGAAUGAAGAAUGGCAUCGGAGCAAUGAGCUACCAAAGUCCACUAAGGUGCCAACAAACACCUUUACAGUCAUCUAGUGGCCUUGUGUUAAACACAAUACUUCUGACUGAAAAUGAAGAUUUUAACCAAGAACAUGUAAGCUAUGUAUAGAGAUACCACCGAA